AUGGAAGCGGUUCUCUAAACACUGGAGUGCCAAAAUGGAGUUCGCGAACAGAGUGGUGAGCGCGGCGAUGAAAGCGACGAACAACAACGCGGUGAUCAACGUGUGUCUGGUGGGGUCGUUCGUGGCGCUGGCCGUGAGAUCGGUGAAGCAGCAGAGGGACAUCGAGGCCCUGGAGGCCCAGAAGGACUCGCUUACCCAUUCCAACAAGGCAAUGAAGAAGGCCAUGUGGGGGUGGAAGCAACAGCUCUUUGCUGAAGCCUCCUCCACUGACUCCGCGCUCGUCCCACUCUCCAGGCUAAAAGCCAUCUACGGGGAAGCCCCAGAGCACCAAAUUGGGGAUGCAUUGAAGGAAGAUGCAAAAUCAUCUGCCUCCAAAUUUGUAGUCUGAAGCUGUUUUUGCCAGUUCUUGAGGAUGCAAGCAUUUCAGACACAUUGAUUGCUGAUGAGCAAAGCUGUACCUGGGAGACCAAAAGCCAAUCGACUUUGUUUUGUUUCUCAGAAAAAAUAUGCAGGAACUCUGACUAGUUUCGAAUUACCCUUAAAAAAAAAACUAUGAUUAGUUCUGUAAAAUCCAUUACUUCAGACGGAAAGCAAAACAAACAAGCUGCUGGGUUGUGUUUUGUUCCUGUAAAAGCAAUCAUUUUACAAGAUGAAGAGUUACUGAACCUCUAUUUGUUGA